UGUUUUAUUCAUUUUUAUUACACGUAUGUGUGCUUGGGCAUAUUUGAAGCGUCUACAGAGUCCCAGUUAAAUAGAUUUUAUGUUUUAAGCCCCGCAGCCGUUGUGGGCUGAACAUAUAACGAGACUGUACACAGGGUUUGAGGACCCAAGCUAUCAACACGAGAUAGAAAACUGAAUAUUUUCUUUUUUUAUAUAUGUGUAUUGAUAAUUGUUAGCAGGGUGCUACUCACACCGAGUGAGUGUUUGAUGCUGUAUAGUAUUCUGACUGUAACAACCAAGACUUUUUUCCUUGUGAGAGCAGUGUAGACUGCAGGGAUGAAGUCCAAGAAGAAGAAGAGACAGGAUGACUUCCAGAAGGUCAAGUUAAAGGUGGGGAAGACGAAGCCCAAAGCUGAUAAUGCCACCAACACCAACUUUCGCACAAAGGGAAUCCAUCUAACAGAGCAGCUGAAGAGAGACACAAGUGGCCCCACCACACACAGGCAGCUUGGUAUCAAUGACCUCCUGUCCCAGCUCCACCAUUACAAUGCCAAUGUGAAAAAUAGUGCCUUGUUGGGCUUGAGAGAGCUGCUGUCCCUUAAUCCCUCUCUGCUAGAGCAGCAUCUCUCUCGACUGCUCUCUGAAGUGGCAGCUGUUUUCACAGACAAGGAUGGCAAUGUUCGUAUGGCAGCUACACGAGUGCUCAGGUUCAUUGCACAGUCUGUGCCUGCAGAACGAGUAGCACCAUUUUUCCCCCUCCUCAGUGCCCACCUGUCUUGUGCCAUGAGCCACAUCGAGGCAGGCAUCCAGGAGGACGCCAUGAAGGUCCUUGAUGUGUUGCUGGAGCACUACCCUGCUCUGCUAGCAGCACGGCCUGCAGUACUCCUCACUGACUUCCUAGAGUUGAUAUCUCACAGACAAACUAGUGGAGGAGCCAAGAAAAAGGCCCAGGAUGCUAAGGGACGGACCUGGGCACUGUCAGUCAACCCCAGCAGGGCAGUGACCAGUCAGCAGUGGCGACUCUCAGUGCUCCUCAGGCUUGGGCGCUUUCUGCAGGCAGUAGUUGAAGAAAGUGAUAUUUUUGUCCCAACUGAAGGAGUGUUUGGCUCCCGUGAAGAGGGCAGGCUUACACCUCUGCAUCUCACCUGGGAAGAGCUCACCUACAGCAGGGUUGGAGUUAAGGUGUAUGAGCAUUCUGGGGCCAAACCAACUCCACGGUCCACCUUCCAACUCAGACCAGAAGUAGACCCUGGACCCACAGUGGGUGAGGGUCUGGACUCAGCUGAGGCUGUCCAGAGCUUCGCAGCCACACUGGUGCCUCUUCUACUGGAAGUGUGGGUAGAAGCCAGUACCAGUGACUCUCCAUCAAACACCACAGACGGCGCUCACCUGCUCAGUCCCGAUGCCAUGUCGGUAAUGUUCCAGGUGUUGUCGAUUCUGCAGCUGCUGAGAAAAUUGGCACCACAGCAGGAGCACCAGGAUGCACUGGAUGCUUGGUUCUACAAAGAAUACCUGGGAGAUUUUAAGCAGCACUUCAUGAAAAACUUUCCCUACGAUACUCUGGAUACACCCAAACAUAAGAAGAAGGUUGAUCUCAAAAGAAGUAAGCAGAGUGCAGCCGUCCCAGGAUUAACAGUGGAGCCUCUGGCCCUUAACAUCACACUUUGCCAGGUGAUGGUGUCCCUCAGCCAGAGGCAAGGACUCGGCCGAGAGACGGACGGAGACUGGCUGACACCUCUGAGAACGUUUGUGCGAGACACUCUGAGCAGCGGAAUGAAACUGAGCUGCAGGCAGCUCCACAUGCUGCUGGGUACUGUGUGGAAGAUGGUGCUCACACAGAGGAGCAAAACAGUGACAGAGGACCUGUUGGCAGCAGUGUACGUCUACUACAAGCAGAGGCACCUGACUCUGCAGACACGAUCUCUGCUGCUGUCUUUCUAUAGCAAGCUCUACCUGCAGGAACAAGGACACACACACAUAGCGAGGAGUAAGGUGCUGUGUCGUUGGUUGGCAUCUCUUCCUGUGCAGUUGUCCCAGCUGGGCCACCGUAACCCUGCUCUCUCUGCACGACUCAUCCUGUCCAUCCAGGCUGCUGCAUCUCGUGGCCACAAAGACCUUCUGAACAGUCUGCAGACACACGCCUGCAGGCUCUACGAUCCACAGGACGGAGCUGUGGUGCUGUUACCAGCAGAGUCCCAGCAACAAAUGGUGCAGCUGCUCUACUUUCUCCCCAAGAUGUCCCAGUCUCUUCUGGCCAAUUUGAGCUGCUGCUGCACAGCUGGACGAUUCUCUGCCGGCCUCGCCGCCUCUCUGAUUCGUAUCAUACACUUCCGGUCAUCUCUGAGCGGCUGGUCGGUAGGGAGCCAGGAAGCGGCUGUGCAGGACGCGGACUACCUCAGCUUCUUGUUCUCCACCCUGACGGGCUUCUCGUCCGACAAGCUCGCCACCCUGCAGGAGGACGAGAGCGCCCUGCCUCCCUCCCCUCUCUCACCUCUCAGCCUCUACCCCACCUUGCUGGAGCAGUUCACACACCACUGGGAUGUUGUUGAGGAAGUCUGCCACUGUCUGGAAACUCUGGGUUCAAAGUCCCAAUGCUUUGACAUCUUACAAAAUGGCAUUUGCAAAUACCUGACCAACUUAGGGGUGGUGCCUGACAGUAUGGCUGCCGGGCUGCUCAGAGCUGUUUCCAGGUUACUGGACCUGUCUGUUCUGCCCAUUGAGCCUGUGCUGCGCUUCUUGUCUCAGUGCUGCCUCAGCCUGCUGUCUUUGCUCAUCACCCUGCAGCAGGAGUUACCUGCUGAAACCAACCACAAAAGGGAGGCAAUAUGGGGUGCUUGUGUGUCAGCGUUGAGCACCGUCCCUCGCCUGCUGCGGAUGGUAUUGCAGUUAAUGCGCGUUGGAGAUCUGAGUGAGGAGGAGCUGCCGCAGCUCGGACAGGUCCUGUCGAUGCUGCUGCAGCACACGCCGCUCCACAACCAGCUGCUGGCCAACGCUGCUCUGCUGCAAGAGAUCAUCCAACACCUCACGAGGUAUUCCCGGGGUGCGACCAGGGAGCAGUGGUUGACAGACUUACUCUACUGUUACAGCGUCACCGUGGCCCAUGGCUCUUCAGCUCGCCGUGGAAACAUGGGCCUUCGAGACAUGUACUGACCGACACACCCACCAGACCGGCACCUGGUGUGUUGCUCAGUUCCCCCUCUCAAACAUCUCACAGUGACUUUGACAAAACACUCACAGAGCACAAACACAAUGAGUUCAUAUCACAAAACCUUCAGACAGGAAUACAGUGGAGUGACAUGUUUUUUAAUUGUGACAGUGAAAACUCCACAUUCUUGUUUCAUGAACUCCAGUUUGUUUUUUCUGUCUUAAGCUGCCUCUUCAUUGCUUCAUUGUUGGCCUGGUAAUUGUUUGUCCCCCUUUUGCCUCUUUGGAUUGUUGUUGCCAAACGUUGUCCAGUGCUUUCUGAAAGAGCCUAGCGACUUUUGAUUUACAAAAAUGAAACAGUAAAAAAAAAAAAGCAAAAU